AAAAUCUUCAUCAAAUGGCAGAGAAGGAAUCUACAUCUAAAUCUAUAUCUAUAUACAUAUACCUCUCUUAAUGCCAUUGCUACUGCCCAGAAGCUUUUGUUCUUCCAUUAAUUCUGAAUUCUGAUCGAGGUAAAAAAGUAAAAAAAAUAAAAAAUAAAAAAAUACAAAAAGAAAUGCAUUGGAACAGUAACAGUAUCACAGAGACAGACACAGAGAGAGAGAGAGAGAGAGAGAGAGAGGGUUGAGGAAGAAGAUGGAUAAUAGAUAUAUAGGUCUGCAAAUAUAUUAAGUGUUUGUUGUCUUUUUCCACAAACCUUUUUUUUUUGUUUUUUUUUUAAACCCAAGCGUAAGUCAGUCUUCCACGUGCUCCUGGGGACUCUCUCCUCUCUCUUUCUCUCUCUUCUUCUUCUUCUUCAGUAUUCACUCUUCCCCCACCACCUCUCUUCCUUACUCCAAUGCCACCAUUUUAAUUAUUAUUUUCUUUUUUUGUGACUCUCUCUCUCUCUCGGAGUUUUCUCUUGUUCUUUUUUCUUUUGUUUUCUUCUUCUCUUUCUCACAGAAAACCAAAAAAAGCAGAAGCUCAAGAAGAGGAAAAAAAAGAAAAAAGAAGCCAUAGUGUUUUGGAAGGAAAAGAUUUGGUGUAUAACGCAGAUGAUGAUGAUGGUGGAAGGGAUUAAAGGUGGUGGUGGAGGAGGAGGAGGUAGAGUUGGUGUAGGUCAUGAAGAUCAAGAUAUGGGAGAUGGAAUGCAAUGCAGUGAUCAUCCAUACAGAAACAACCCAGGUGGGAUCUGUGCUUUCUGCCUCCAAGAGAAGCUUGGUAAACUUGUUUCAUCCUCUUUCCCUCUUCCCAUUCGUGGGUCUUCUUCUUCAUCUUCUUCUCCUUCUUUUAGAUCUGACAUCAAUGCUGGUGGUGGUGUUGGAAAUGGCGGUGUGAAUGGUGUUGGUAGUUGUUCAGCUUCUCUCUCGCUCUCUUUAUCCGUGCGUCCCACAUCAUCGAUAAAAAGUAGUAGGAGUGAUGAUUGUGGUUAUAAUAAUGAAGAGUAUUAUAGUAGUAGGCGGGCCAGGAUUCCUUUCCUUUUAGCCAAGAAGAAGAAGAAAACGACUGUGUCUUCGUCAUCGUCGUCGGGGGAUAAUAAUGUCGUUUUCAAACGGAGCAAAUCCACUGCCACUGCUCGUAGUACAAGUAGUAGCAGACCUCAUUCUCAUUUCUUGGGUGCCGAUGAUUUUAGCCCCAGAAAAAGAGGAGGGGGUUUUUGGUCAUUUCUCUAUCUCUCCUCUUCUUCUUCCUCCAAGUCGAAGAAGAGCUUCAGCGACACCUCCAAGAUCCCUUCCUUCUCUUCCGAAACGGCGUCGUCGUCGGUUGGUUUGACGGCCAUGAAGCAGAAGGACAAGUGCUCCGCUGCUACGGCGGCUUCUUCGUCGUCGUUCGGCAAGAAAGCUGACAUUGUUGAAGACGAUGAGAACAGUCCGAAUAGCCAAGCCACCGCUUCGGCUUCUUCCUUCGAACGCAAAGUUUCGAGAUCUAGAUCUGUUGGCUGUGGAAGCCGGAGCUUCUCCGGCGACUUUUUCGAGAGGAUCUCCACCGGAUUCGGAGAUUGUACUCUCCGGCGGGUCGAAUCCCAACGCGAAGGCAAACCAAAAGUCUCUUCUUCCUCGUCAGCUCACCACCGUGCCGGCGCCGGCGAUUGCAUGAAAGAGAGAGUCAAAUGCGGUGGGAUUUUCGGUGGGUUUAUGUUGACCUCUUCGUCUUCUUCUUCGUCGUCUUCUUCGUACUUGGUUUCAUCUUCGGCGGAAGACAUGAACGGGAAAUCGAUGUCCGCCGGUGCCGGAGGUCAACUUGUGCAUGGUCGGAACCGGAGCUGGAGUUGGGCUUUUGCUAGUCCAAUGAGAGCUUUCAGCAAACCAACUUCUUCUUCAAAAGAUGGAAAGAGGGACAUAAUCAGACAAGCUUCUGAUAAUAAGAAUUCGACUCCAAAUUUAUCUGCGAUUCCUUCUUUGCUGGCUGUGGGAGGCUAAAUUAAUUACUUGAACAUUUUAUAUAAACAGGACUAUUUACUGUUUAAUUAGCUUAUUUCCAAUAUUUGUUGGGUUACAAAAAUUCCAUCAGGAAUCUUUGAAUCCCAAACACAAUUUCCAUGUUAAAAGCUGUUUAAUUACUCGGUUUUUAUUUUGAAUUUUAUAUGAUAUUUGGAGGAAUGAAUUCUAUAAGGUGAGUCUUUUUUUGUUUUAAUAUAUAUAUUUUUCCUUGUACACAGUGAUGUGCUUAUUAGAGAAGAGGGGAGAGGAGAAAUAAUUCAAUGUUUAUAAAGAUCAAGUUCUAAUUUGGUUGGGUUUGGUUUUCUGGAAAUUUGUAUUCUUUUGUAGUAUUUAUUAUGUAAUUUGAACUGUGAUGUUGUUCAAUUUGUUAAAUAUAUAUGCCAAGCAAAUGCGCUUUUGUUUAUUAA